ACAAACACACCUUGAACUCAAUGCCGCGUUCACAAAUGAAAAUGUGAACUAUUACAUAGAAACAACGACGAAAUACCGUUGGAAAUAGGACAAAAUACCGAACAAACCGUCGUAUGACUGUCACCCAGCGGGGGAUUUGAUUAUAAAUAAGCGUAGCAACAUAGAAUUAGGACACUUUUGUUUUAGACACCUUAGUUCGAGUUAUACAAUCGCUUGCUAGACACUUAGUUAUUUGUUUGAUACACUACUUGGUUUAGAUACUUUUGUUUGAUAGACCUCUUGUUUAAGAGACUUGUUUGUUUUAUACAGACUUAUAGUCAAUUAGUUUCUUUGUUCGAUCGUACGCGAUUAAUUUGUUAAAACCGAGUCGCGAAAAUCUUUUAAGUUAGUAAAAAUCGAGUUAAUAAAUUUGUAACCGUGUGCCGCAAGUUGAAUGUAUAUCGUGAUUAAAUUAAUAAAUAAACUAAAAUUAAAUCAAGACUUUAUUAAUAAUUACACAACGCGCUAACCGCGUCAGCGGAACCCAGGACCUUCAACAUUUUUGAGCAUAAUACUCAAGGUUAUGUUGGUUGUGGACAUGGAAGUACCUGCAUUUGUCCAACCUGUACAAGUAUGUAUUAUUUUAUUUAUUUUAACUUCGUUUUCCUAUGGUGUUUCGUCCGCUUGUCUGCCUGAUCUUGUAUGCAUUGUUUUAGCGCAAGAGGAGGAGAGAUUCCAAAAAUGUGUAGGCGACUCGUGAAGACGAUACAGAUGAAUGUGCGAAGGCUCACUUCCCUGAGGAGAUUUCUGCCGGAGUCCUGGUUAUUCUCCUGUGUCACUGCUCUUGUGGUCAGAGCGAUCUUCUCUGCUGUAUGCUCCCAGUACAUGGAGAGGCUUCGUUUUGGUGAUUACGAUUUAAAUGGUGAAUGCGGAGUUGUCUUCGUCAAGGGUUCCUUAUGCAGUCUGUCCCACGCAAGAGGAAGACGGGUUCCAAAAUGUGUGAGUGGUCCCAGAAGGCGUAGUCAACGUGUGAAGUGUCGUGGGCCAAGAACGAAGAAUCGUGUGACAUUUGUGUUGAUUAUUUUCGAUGCUGAUAUAUAUAUAUAUUUAUAUAUUAUUUUGUUGGUUAAAUAUUCAGUCAGUUUAGUUGAAUAUUCUGUAACGUAAUAUUCGCAAGGUAGUUUCAUAUAUUUAUUCCAUCGUG